CUACACAUUGAUAUUAAAGAAUGAUAUGAUAAUGUGAUAAGUAAAGUCAUAACAAGUUGCUUAAAUUUUUAACAAGACGUGAAACACUCAUGGAGCGUGCUUUGAUCAUUGAUUAAUGAUUAUUGUUGUAAAUUUUGAUUCGUAGAUGCAUGCGUUUUUAUCGGCUUAUCGUAACGUACAACUCAAAAUACAGCCAACAAUAAUAGUUUGUGGACUGGAACACUAAAGUAUUGUUUGAUUCAUACUAUUCAGAAAAACGAAAAAAAUAUAUAAUAUAUUCUAAUUGUUUUUGACAUAACGGACUUUUAAAACUAUGGCAGAAAAUUUUGGUGAGCUGAAGAUCACUAUAAGAAGCUUGUUAACAAUUACUAAAAACCAAAUUAGUAUAGAGCAACUAGAAAAAGACUAUUAUGAACAAGAAGGUGAAAAACUCCCAUAUCGACGUUUUGGAUAUAAUACAAUUUUCGAUUUAUUAAAUAGUAUGCCUGAUGUAGUGAUUGUGCCACCAAAUCCUACCAGACUGUCUCUGUUAUCUGUCGUCUUAGGCAACAAAACAAAUCAUCUAAGACUGUUAGUUCUUAAUCAAAAGACUUCUAAACCAAAAAAGUCAAAGAAAACAUCACUUUUGAAACAAAGAACGUUUUGUAAUAAUUUUAAAAGAUAUAACAGCCAGAAUAAUAUUAAUAAGUACAAUGGAAAUAAAAUGUUUAAUGGCUAUAAUAAUAAUAGAAACAUCACUUCAGGAAGUACCAUUAGAACAACUUGUUCGCCACAUAUUAAUACUCAACAAAAUAAUAGAACAUACAAUAAUAGUGUUCAAAUUAAUAUGAAUAGUGGAAAUAUCAGGCUUAACGGUCAUACAAAUAAUAAUAAUUAUAAAAAUAAUACUUAUCCAAGUACUAGUAGAACAAGUUAUCCUCAACAAUUUAGAAACCAACAGAAUGGGACCCACGUUAAUAGCCAUACCAUUCAAAAUAUGAAGAACAAUGUAAAUAACAGAUUUCAUGAUGAUAUUCCUCAAAGUACUAGCGACACAAAUAAUCCUCAACAAUCGAAUGAACUGCACAAUAUCACUAGCAUUAGUCCAAGAAGUAACAAUUAUAAGAAUAAUUCUAGUGGAAAUAAUUUUUAUUUUAAUCAAACAAUGCCAAUUAUGAAAUCCGGAGAGCGAGUCAAAUCUUGUUUUGAAGACAAACAUUGCAACCCAUCGCCUACAUCGAGUAGUAGUAGUAGUAGUAUAGCCAAAGUAAAAACAGACUCAAUACACAGUUGUUUUGACUUGCAAUCUAAAUUGCAUUUUUAUUUAAAUAAAUUAAUAUCUAAUAGUUCAACGCCUAUUACAAAAGAAAAGUUAAAAUGUUUAAUCCGUGAACAUUCAGUCUAUUGCAAUGUACCGGAAGAUAUUGUUGAUAAUGAAAUAUGUAAUGUAAAAGAUUUUAUGGAUAUUAAAAACAUGUCAAUCAAUAUUAAUAGCUCUAGUUCAGACGCAGACAUUAUAAAGCAAAAAUCAAAUCAAGGACUUAAUAAGAUAACUAUAAUUUCUACAGAUUUGGGCCGAAAUACUAAUAAUAAAAAUCAUAAAACCAUAAUUCCGAAAGCUGAAUUGACUGAAGCUAAAUCACCAAUUAAUAUAAAACAAGUUCCUUCAUUAGAAAAUUCUUUUAAUGACAGUUCAUCUUGUUUAAAUGAACAAAUGACUAAAAGAGCUCAUUCCACACCAAAAACAAAUGAUCAUCUCAAAAAAUUAUCCAACAGCACGCAACAAAGCGAUUUCGAGGAUGUAUCCUACAACUUAGCAAGAAUUUUCAGUAUUUAUUUUGAUGGUGUGAAUAUUCAAAAUUUGCGAUUUAUUUAUAAUAGAAUUUUCGGAACUCUUUACAACCCGAAAGACUAUGGCUUUGAAUCAGACGAACUUAUGAUUAAAUCAUUGCACAAUAUAAUUGAAAUAAGAAACCAUGUAUUGUAUCACAAAUAUAUAACUGUAUCUCCUACUGAAUUUCCAGACGAUAGUAUUCGGUGUGAAAAGGUUUAUAACAUUAUGAACAUACAAAUCAAAGAAGAUACUAAUUUCUACUUACAUAAAAAUAUUAGCAUUAAAUUUGUACUAGAACAGGAAAAACUAUCACUGAUCCAAAGUUCUACGGUAAAAAUGUUACUAUCUGAAGUGUAUAAUCCAAGUUUGUUUUUUAUGCAAUUAGCUUGCAAAGCUGUUGAAGUUGACAAACUAAUAGAAAAUCUGCAGUCCUUUUACAAUCGAGAGGGGAAUAAAUAUAAAGUUGAACCAAAACAUGUUUUACCAAAGCGCGUAUUUGUUUCUUGUUAUGUAUCCUGUUCAUCUAUUAAAUGUUGGUAUAGAGCCAAAGUAUUGAGAGAAAUUGAAGAACACACUGUUGAAGUAUUUCAAGUGGAUUAUGGGACAGUGGUUUGUGUACCAAAGACUGAAUUACGUCUGUUGAAAGACGAAUUUAGUUACUUACCAGGACAGGCAUUACAAUGUUGUUUAACUGGAUAUAAUGAACUUGAAGUAAUAUCGUCAAAAGUCACAGAAACCUUUGCUGCUCUCACAAUGAAUAAAACACUUUUGGUUGAUGUCGAUAAGAAUUACUCUAUUAUGAACAAUGAUUUUCAAAUCUUACAUGUCACUUUAUAUCAUCGGAUAAGCAAUUCAAUAAUUAUGAAUUUGAAUAACAAAUUGACCAUUUCUAACUUAAGUCGCUGAAUUAUUGUUCGUCAACAAAGCACAUCGGUUAUUUUUCUUAUUCGUUUUAACUUCUGCAUUUUUUUAAUUUUGUUUUUUUUUUUUCUUUAGUUGUUAUUGUGAUAACUUUCUAUCACAAGACAGACGACUAUAUAUAAUUUUCAAUAAUUAAAUACUAAUUUGACUUUAAUUGUUUUUUUAAUUUUAUAUAUUAAUUAUAAAUUUGUAAGAAAUCACGUAAACUGUAUUCGAUUUCAACCAAUGGAAAACACUGUUUACUAAUUUGUUUCUUCGAUUGUUAUAGUUUAUGAUAUGAUACAAACUUUAUCAUACUAUCUUUACUAGCCUUACGUUUUUACUAUACCAUUAUUUUUCUUUGUUUA